AUGAAUUCAUCUGUGGAAGAUGAUGUUAAAGACUGGUGUAGCUUUAUAAGAAUUUGUAAGAAACAGAAGUACUGGUGGGCAAAUAUUAUGAACGAUGAACUGGUUCAUACUGAUAAGCAAAUAAGAAGCAUUGUCUGUUAUAUUUUGAAUAAAAUUUCUUAUUUCAUUUUAGUUUCAUGUCCAAGUGAAAAAUCUCAUCAUCACACCCUCACUUGGCCGGAAACUCUAAUAGGACACAGUGCUUCCCCAGAAGAAGAAUGCUUUACAGAGAAUGGCCAACCUCUGGAACGGAAGUGUUUAGCAGAUUUCAAUACUUCAGAAAUUUGGAAAUGGAGUACGUUGGGAAAAGGUUGUGCUAGUUUUUCAUCUGCUGUAACAGUGAGUCUACGGAAACUGGCCAAAUCAAACGUGACAGAGGAAAAUAUUUUAAAUUCAUCACUCAUUGUAGAAGAUAUAACAACACAUUAUGAAAAUUUUAGCGACACAGAUGUUAAAUACGUGGCAAGGUUUUUACAAAAUAUUGCAAGUGUUCCUGAUAUACAACCUGAAGUAGUCAUAUCAGUACUAAUCAUUGUAGAUACUGUUAUAGAUGUGGAAAUACAAGUUUUAUCAGAUAGAGAUUCUUUAUCGGCCGAUUCUAGCAAAAUAUCUUCAGCUUUGGAAAACAUACUAACAAAUGUGCAAACCAAUGGCCAAGUUAUCACAGAAGCUCGAAAUAGCAUAGCUGUUUCUGCUCUGCCAUUAAAUAAUAAUUUAUCACUUAUUCCUGCUGGCGGUGUUUUAGAACAUUGGGGCUCCAAUAUUACCACUUUAUUUAAUGACAGCAACAAAGAUCCCAGUGCACAAUUUAAUAAGUUUGAAUACUUUGAAGCUGCUGUGCUUUUGCCUGACAACCUAUUGGCACAAAACCGAAGCGAUGAUGGGAUGAAUAUUCCUAUCAUCAUACGCAGAAAUUUCCAUUUUCUUAGAGAUGUUGAAAAAAAUGUCCAAGUUAUUAGUCCUGUUAUUGAUGUUUCCUUUGGAAUAAAACCUGUGCAUAAUAUUACGCCUCCUGUUGAAAUGGUUUUUAAUAUUAGUGAGGCGAUUGGAAACUAUCCCAAGUGUUUCAAAUGUGUGUUUUGGGCAGCAGAUAGGAAAAUUUGGUCUGAUGAAGGCUGUUACUCUAAACUAAUCAACAUAACACGAGUGCAUUGUUUUUGUGAUCAUCUGACAAGUUUUGCAGUUAUUGUGGAUUUAAAAGUUGGAGCUGAAACUAAUGACUUUCAUCAUGAAAUAUUGAGUAUUAUGACGUAUUCUGGUAGCUGCUUAUCAAUAUUUGGGCUUGCAAUGGUUUUUCUCACUUUCAUUGUAUUUAGGAAAUGGAGAGCAGAGCUGAAGCACAAAAUUAUAUUUAACUUAUCCCUUGCUUUGGCUUUGUUUCUGUUUGCAUUCCUGGUUGGUGUUGAAAAGAAGCAUUGGAAUAAUGGAUGCAUGGCAAUUUCUAUACUUCUACAUUUUUCUGUGUUGGCCAUAUUUACAUGGAUGUUAAUAGAAGCCUAUUUUCAAUAUCUCAGAUUAGUGAAAGUUAUUGGAACUUAUAUACCUCGUUUCCUGCAAAAGGCCUUGUUAUUUGGAUGGGGAUUAUCAUGGUUGUUUGGAUUUCUGGCUGUAGGGGAAACUAAAUUGGUAUUCCAAUAUCUAUUUACUAUCACAACCACACCACAAAGAUUUUUAAUUUUUUUCUUUUUUAUAUAUCGCCGAAAGAGCGCAAGGGAUGAAUGGGUCAAGUUGCUGAAAGUGUCUUCUUUAUCUGAAUCUUUCCAAAAUGGCGGCACAGGAAUGGAGGAAAGAAUUCAAGAUAAAGCUGUGUGCAAAGAAGCAAACCGUAUAUCGCAAAUGAAUGAUUGAAAGAUUUUUUUGAAAAGGAAAAAUCAGUGAAAUUUGAAGAUAAAAGAUAAAUAAUAUCAUUCAAUUAUAAAAAAAACCCCUGAAAUUAUAGUUGAUGAUAGUCCAAAUAGGUCCAUUGCCCAAAUCUAUGUUCUGUACAUCUCAAUUUUAUUCGCUGUGCAACUUAUAACGAUACAUACUUUUUAAACUUUCUGUUUAUCUUUCUUGUUUUUUAUUACUACUGGUUCUCUUAUUCUAAAUCAUAUAUAUAUAUAUACAAGUUUAAACAGAGAGUGUUUCAAACUAUGUUUCAGUUAGAUACAGGGACAUUUUUUAAUAUUAAAUUUUAAAAAGAAACUCUGAAAAAUUGGAAUAAUAAUGUUAAAAUUGAUAUGAAAUAAUGUAUCGCAUUACCCUAUAAUUCCAUUGCAUCUAUCAAAUAUAAUCCAUGUCACUCUUCUUUUAUCUAUUCUAUCUCCCUUUAAAAUCUUUUAAGAUGCAAGUUAAAAGAAUAGGCUCAUUAUUUGUAAUUGGGUUAAA